AUGACUAUGGACACAAUUUCAUUGGAUAAGGGUAGAUACAAGGUCAUUGAAGUACUAUAUAUAUCCAAGUCGCUACUUUCAUUGAAGUUGGGUGUGGAAGAUACCAAGGGCAUGCACAAGGCAUUGAUUCAGGGUGAGUCUGGAUAUAAGGUUGUUUAUUUCAUCGAUCCAAUAGACUUUGGAGCAGGAAGUAGGAUACUUCUUGAAAAAAAAACAAACUCCUUACUACUCAGAAAUAUUGACUAUGUAAUAACAUGUAGGAAGAGUUAUAGAACAAAUACUGCACUGAUUGAAAAACUACUGCUCCGAAAUGCUGAAAAUAUGCGUGGGGUAAAACCAUGA